CUCGUUUCUCGUCUCGCAGCAGUCCAGUCAAAACCUGGUCCAGAUCAACCCGACCAGCAUUGCUGCGAUCGCGCAGAACGUGGUCCGGGAGGUGAGUUCCAUUCCCGGGUCGGAGCUGUUACUCAGGCAACAGGAACUGGACCCCGUGCGGAAGUCGGAGUUUCUGAACCAGGUUUUGCUCCUUAAUUUAGUCGACGCCAGCGUGGAGCAGGAACUGAUCGAAUACCGGCAGAAGUGCACCGCGGAGCGCAACGAGAUUGAUUUACUGAAGCAGCAAUUGAAGAGAAUCGAGACGAGGAGACGGAAGCUGGAGAACGACUUGCGGCACUAUCACCUGGUGAUGGUGAAGAUGGUGGAGCUGAUUUCCUUAGAGCAUGCACACGUCUACGAAUCGCUGAAAGCGAUCGUCAAAUUCGGGUGGGACAGCAUGAAGUGGCGCCGAGGGUACACGGUGUUGCACUUCGUCGCCGAGUGCUUGGACGACGCGCGGAUUGUGGAGCUGUUUGCCUUGUUGGCCACGGACAUGAACGGCCGGGACGCGAGCGGCAAGCGGGCUCUAGAUUACGCUCGGAAGGAGCGGAUGACGGAGAAUGUGCGGGUGUUGGAGAAAGUAAGGAAACAGAAGUUCGUGGAAGAGCGCACACAGAAAUUUCUGUUGCAAAACAACAACCUACUGCAGAACACGGUGGCGGAGGAAUUACCGGAUAAUCUAACACCCAUCCUCCACGACGGGAUCGAGACGAUUUUGAAACUCGGGUGGGAGCAGGUGCGGUGGCCAAAUGAGUUUACGAUCUUGCACUUGGCUUGCCAGAGCGGCAGUCUCCCCGCGGUGCGGUUCCUGCUGGAAAAAGUGCCGGGCGUCGCGGCGUACUACGCGAAAGUCGAUAACCACAACCAGCGACCGAUCGAUUACG